CUAAAUAAAUAAAUAAAUAUUUUACAACUGAAAAAGGAAUCUUUUUGUUCCCCUGAAAAGAAAGAUUAAGAAAGAAAGGGUUACCUGAAAAUCUAGUUUGGAUGUAAAUCUAGAAGCAGCGUUUUAGAAUUCAGAGGCAUUGAGAAAAAGCGCGAACGAAGAAGAAGAAGAUAAGAGGCAUUUCAAUUUUCAACAGUUACUGUUACAGUUACAGUUACAGAAGCCAAUCAAUAAUCAUAAUCGAUGAGGAAGGAGAAAGAACCCAUGCCUUCGAGCCCCGCCAGCGGCGAAGAAAGCGACGAAAAGCAAAGCUUCUCCUCCAAAAACAAAUUCUCUUCCCGCAAUGCUUCUUCCAAGUACGAUUUCGUUAAGGUGAAGGUGUGGUUGGGUGAUAAUGCGGAUCACUACUAUGUUCUGUCCAGAUUUUUGCUCAGUAGGAUGCUAACUGUAACCAAGAUUCCAAAUCAUGUAGCUAUUAAAAUUGCUCUUGAACUGAAGAAGCUGCUCAUUGACAAUAGCCUUCAAGAUGUCUCUCAGUCCGAUUUGGAGGUCAACUUAUUCAAGCUAAUGGAGAGGCGGGGAUAUGGAGAAGAGUACAUUAAUCGUUAUAAGAUGAUGACAAGGUUUCAUCAUCAAAGAGUUCCACUGGUAAUCCUUGUUUGUGGAACUGCUUGUGUUGGGAAGUCUACUAUUGCCACCCAGCUUGCGCAGAGGUUAAAUCUACCAAAUGUGUUGCAGACAGAUAUGGUUUACGAAUUGUUGCGCACAUCAACAGAUGCACCAUUGGCGUCAACUCCUGUAUGGACGCGAGACUUUAAUUCAUCGGAGGAGUUAAUAACUGAAUUUUGCAGAGAAUGCAGAGUUGUUCGCAAAGGUUUGGCUGGUGAUUUGAAAAAGGCAAUGAAGGAUGGAAAGCCAAUUAUAAUUGAGGGAAUUCAUUUGGACCCUAGCAUUUAUUUAGUAGACGAUGAGAAAUCACCUGCUGCUAUACAAGCUGAAAAUAAAGGGAUGAAUUCAACAUCUGCGGCACCAGACGAUAGUGCUACAGUUCAAACGGAAAAUACUAAUGAAGGUAGUCAUGAUGAGAAUCAUGGUGGUUCCAGGACUCUGAGUUCAACUGAAGGAAUAUCUAUGGACCAAGUUGAUGCAGUAUCAAAUAAUGUCGCAUCCAUUAAUCUAGCUGGAAGCACAUCUGGGCAUGAAGUUUCUCAUGCAGGUGCUGCUUCUCUCAAAGAAAUAGAGGCAGACAAAAAAAUUGUUACUAAAAAGUCAGGUCCUAAGCCAAUAAUUGUGCCUAUUGUUCUGAAGAUGGCUGAAUUUGAUCAUAAGGCAUUACUUGAGGAGUGGAUCUGCUCUCGCACGUUUACCGAGAAAUGCCCUGACAAGGAUAAAGAUAAGCUUAUAGCAAAUUUGAAAACCAUACAAGAUUACCUGUGCUCUUUCACCUCACAAGGGUUGACUGUGGUGAAUGUAUCAGCAACAACAUUUCCUCAAACAUUGGAUUGGCUCCAUAAUCACCUUCUUCAGUGCAUUGAGCAAGGUACUUCAUUAGGAUCAAAUGAACAUGUUGCGCAAGCUGGUGCAGAAUAGUUGUAAUUAUCCAAUUCUGACAGCGAUGGUUUGCAUGUUUAACUUGAGGUUGUAAGUGGAUCCCUGAAUCUGUCCAAAUGCUAUCUUCUCAAAUGAUUGGUGGCUGCGUUUUCGCAACGUAUGAAAAGGAUAUCCCAAUCAUGAUAUCAUCAUGGCUUGGAAAGAGAAGGCAAUACAAUAGGCCUUCAUAGAAGCAGUAAUUGUUACAUCCAUGUUUAUUGUUUUCUCAACAUUUGAUGCUGAGAGCAAUUGCACAGUUAUUGUAUCAUGAUAUAUCAUGUUGAAGCAAUCUCUUAUUAUUGAAAGAAUACAAUAAAGUUCAGUAUAACCGUUCCACUGAUUGAAAAA